CUCGGGUCGAGUCAGCUGCAGCCCGCCUGGCGGGAUGAAGGCCCACUGGUGGUGCUGCGUGGUGGGAUUACUCUGCGUGCCCCCUUGGGUGAAAAGCACCUCGACAGUCUCCCAGAACCCGGCGUCCAUCUCCCUGACGAGAGUCAACUCCUCAGCCGAUAUCGGCUGCUCCACGUCGCGGCCGGAGCCCAUGAGCUUGGCCCUGUACCGCGGCUUUCCCGCCAAAGAAAGGGUUGUGUUCCUGGCGUUGGACAGCGGACGGGUGACCAAGCAAACGCCGGCCGCGGAGUUCUUAGGCCGGAUCCGCGUCGCCCAGCGGGCCGGGCCGGCCCACGGGUUCACCUUGCAGCUGUCUCUGCUCGGGCCGCGGGACACGAACCUGUACUACUGCCUCUGGGGGUUCUUCAACGCCGAGACGUCGUCGACAGAGACCCUGCACAGCGCCGGCACCGUCAUAGUUGUCAGAGAGAAAGACCCCCAGGAGCUAUGCAAGGACCACGUCUUCGAUCGCAUCCUCAUCGCCUUGAGCGUGGCGGCCUUCUCCGUCGUCGUGGGCCUCUGCAUCGCAGCGCUGGUUGUGAAUCGCAAGCGGUUCAAGAGGAGCUUCAGAUCAGCCAGAGGUGCAACACCACCAGCCAGACCCAACAGGCCCACGCAGGCAGCUCCACGUAGCGACCCGUACUUAUUCACAUAUGUCAACUCUUUGGAUUUCAGAGGCAUCGUGGAAUGCUGAGAGUCGAUGAUGGCGUUGAUGAUUGUGAUGAUGAGAGAGGACGAGUUUGUAACUGUGCUGCUCGGUAGAUGUGUUGAGCGAAGGGGUCGCGUAACGGAUUACUGAGAUAUCGUUUGAGUCAGCAGCUCGUCUGAAGGCGUCUGCUGCUUUGCCGUUUCCUUUUCAAGCACACAUUUGUGUUUCAUUUGCGGAAAAGCGGUCGAGCUUUACCCACAUCCUGGCCGGUGUACAGGUACUGACGCACGUGAAUGCUGUGCUCGUGGAUACAGAACUUGCAGAGCAAGCAUUUGUGUUGUGCUGCGUGUGUUGAACUGAAAGAUGGCUUUGUUCCUUUGACUUUUGCAGUAAGCGUGUUGUACGUGGUUCCUCAUCAUUUCCCCUUCACUUUCUAACCAAUGUCUUCAUCAAUAUGUACAUUAAAUCUAAAUUCCUUCCAAUUGUU